UUCGCGGUUCUAGCACUCCUUGCACCUCAGGGAUGCUGCAGUAGAGCCAAUAGGCAUGCUUGAAGCUGCGCACAGCCGUCGUCAGCAGCUGGGGUGUUGUAGGAAUACAAUGCUCCCUGUUGUCGUCGAAGAUGUGCUGUUCAAUCUUUACUGUCAAGUCCUGUCUCUUUCUUUGCCAAUAUGUUGCUUCCCGUUGUUCAUGUGCUCGCCUUCGUUGCUACUGUCCAGGGAGCUGUAGCUAAACCCCGAGAUGUAGUCGGCGAUCUACAACACCAAGCAAUCGCAGCAUUGAAAGGAGUGAAAACGCAUGGUCCUCAAACAUGCAAGCUAUCGAAGGCGGCUGUUCGAAAGGACUGGGCCUCAAUGUCGGGCAAGGAACGCAAAGCCUACACAACCGCCGUACAAUGCCUGCUCGCUUCGCCUUCGAAAUCCGACCCAGCCCUGGUCCCAGGUGCUCGCAACCGAUACGACGAUUUCGUCGGACAACACAUCAAUCAGACGCUCACGAUCCACGGCACCGGCAACUUCUUGACCUGGCACCGCAUGUUCGUCUACGCCUAUGAGAAAGCUCUAAGAGAAGAGUGCGACUACGCCGGCUAUCAGCCCUACUGGAACUGGUUCUCGCACCAGUCCAACCUCAAAGCCUCUCCCGUAUUCGACGGCUCCGCAACAAGUAUGAGCGGCGACGGAUCCUUCGUUGCUCACAACGGCAGCGUGGGCGGUGGCGGCACCAUCUUCCUACCCUCGGGAGAAGGCGGCGGAUGUCUCCUAGGAGGCCCGUUCAAAGGCAUGACUGCGAAUCUCGGCCCUGUGUCGCCGACUAUGAGGGGCCAGGAGAGGGUCAAUGGCAGUCUAUCGUAUAACCCGCGCUGUCUCAAGAGAGACCUGACGACAUAUGCUUCUUCGAACUGGCUCACCGAUGCGAACCUGCUCAACAUCACAACGGGCGCGGCGUCGAAGUCGCUUAGCCUGUUCCAAAACGAGCUCCAAGGGCGCUUCUCCGACGGUUUCCUCGGCCUACACGCCGCAGGCCACUUCAGCAUCGGCGGUGACGCGGGCGACAUCUUCUCCUCGCCCGUCGAUCCAGUCUUCUUCCUGCACCACGCCAUGGUCGACCGCGUCUACUGGAUCUGGCAAGCCCUGCACUUGGACCAGGCGAAAACCGUUGCCGGCACGAUCACGCUGAACAACAACCCGCCGAGCCGCGACGCUACUUUGGAGGAUCUCAUCGAGUUGAAUUACUUGGACAUGGAACCUACGACGAUCGGAGACCUGACUGAUACGUUGGGGAAUGGGCUGUGCUAUGUGUACCAAUGAGCGAGGGGCGCAGGCACAAAUGUAUACCACGAACACGAAUAUAGACUCGACGAAGGGCCAAAAGAGAUACUGUGCUCGUAAUCGAGACCACAUGGAUACCUCGUUAGCUACGUGAUCGUCUCAUCGCACAUCACGAUCG